UUCAGUGGGAUUGCGAGUAGUUGUGUACAUAAGUAUACGCUUUCCAUUCUUUCCUUCUACUACCUGCCAGAGUGUAUACGUUAAAUUAAAAUAAUAUAUCACGACACGCAAUCUGUCGGCGGUGCUAUUUUUUCUAUUGCGGUAGCAUUUAAUAUUGAUAAGUGUAUACGUUAAAAGUGUAAAUUGUGAGUGUAGGCAGUGAGAGCGUGAUACAUUUAUUUAUAUACAGUUUCCUCCAAAGACACGCGCGACCGAGCAGCAACAGCAGGCGCAGGGAUAAGGUGGCACACUGGCAGAGUGUAUAAUGUAGCCGUUGUAAGGCAGAUACUACUUGCACUGCUUGCACAACGGAGAUAGAGAUAUAUAUCUCGUCCAGCUCGUCGUCCUGACGGAAAAGAGAGUAACAGGAGUCUGCGCCCGGGAGCUUAUACUGUUAUCGACCGAAAGCCUCUUCUCCGCUGAACGACAUCUUACUACUUGUUAUUAACGGUCGCAUUUGCCCUUGCAUUCGCCCUACGUCAAACGAGUACAAAAAAUGGUCUAUUCUCGAGGGUCCUUACUAACUUAAGUAUAUUAUAGUGUCUCUGUUGUCUCGCGAUUAAUUCAGUGUUCUCGUGUGAGUGAGUAGGUGAAAAUCGACCAAGUAGAUUUGUUUGUAUACAGGGCAAAAUGGGUGCGUCGACUUUCAGCGCAUGUGUUGUUUGAUAACAUACAAACCCAUUAACGGGAAACAAGUGACCGCAAGUGCAUAGUUAACACUGCAUAUCUUUCUUACGCGUGACUAUAGUAUACGUGUAUAUCUACGUAAACAAUCUACCUACAUAGAGAGAACGCUUGCUGUAUAGGUAUAGCAGACUGAAUAACUUCACGGCAUUAGUGAAAGGGGAAAAAAAUCAACGCAGUAUAAGUACCUACUUGUACGAUAAAAGUAAGAACGCGCGGGAAGAAGUACGAGACUGAGUAGGUAGUGGGGGUGAAGAAAAGGGAUGCGCUGAGGAUAUACGAAAACAGAGAGAGAGAGAGACGAGUGCCUUCACCAAGGAUUAUUUAAGUAGGCCAUAUUAGCGCUAUAAUAUAUAGAGCGUCGUUUGCUUCAUCGGUUCGUGAAUAAUAGCACAAUUGUAUAGGCCCACAUCUGGAGCCAUGACCAUCUCCCUGUGAGGUGUCAUACGGGUAAAAGCGCACCGAAGCGAAGAUGCUCCAGUCCAGACUGCCACUCGAAGAAGAACGUCGUUACAGUCCACGUAGAGUAAAAAUCAUAUCGACAUCCAGCAAAACAUAGCGAACAACGUUGCAGGAUUGACUAUUAUAAUUUUUUUUUUAUCACUGAUUCAGUUUGACUCUGUCAUUCGGUUUGUGCCGUGUUGAAAAUCGCGAGUGUGGAUUAUCAAUCACAGUGCAUUUAAAAAAACAACAACAGCUCCGUAGAAGGUGAAUCUUUACAGCUCCGAAAAAAUGACGGAGCUGCUGAUAGGUCUGUCGUCGGCGACGUUCAGCGGCGUACCGAAGCCGCCGACAACACCUGCCGAGGUGGUGUUCCGAACGCCGAGCGUUGCAGCUGCGGCCCAGCUGUUCCGCAACAACGAGAUGCGCCACUCGCGCAGCGAGGACCUCCUGGGCCCAGGAUCGGGCUCGUCGGCCCGUAGCCCCUCCCCACCGACCCUCAUUGCAGCCGCGGCCUCCGAGGACGACCUUGUCGCGGCGAGUGCGCUGAGCGCGAGCAGCGCGGCUGCCGGAAGGACCAGACCUGGACUGCUCACGCCCAGGGCGCCCGGGUCUCCUGGACCCAAUGCCGAUCGCGUCGACCCGGAGGACUCGAUCAGGGACAUCGUCACUGAAAACGACUUGUACAGGUUCGUUUUGUUCAAGAGGCACUACGACAAGUACAUGGCGCUGGCGGCGAGAUACGAGGAGGCGCGGGGCCUCGCUUACUACCUCGAGGAGCGCUAUCACGAAGUCAAGGCGGAGCGCGACAAGCUGGAGGACAUGCGCCAGCAGUUGGAGAAGCGGCUGGAGGGUUGCGAGGCCGAGCUCAAGGACAAGGAGGAGGAGCUGUUCCUGCAGCUGGAGCGCAACUUGCGCCUCGAGGACGAGGUCGAGCGCGCGAGGCAGGAGCGCGAGGCGUGUCUGGUGGCCCGCCGGUGCCUGGAGCGCGAGCAGGAGACCGUCAUGCGCCAACUGCAGAUACAGUCGGCGGAGAACGAGAUCACAAGGCGCAACCUCGAAAGGGCGAGGCAGGACGUCGUCAGGCAGGCCACUUUCAUUAAGGACGAGAGGGACGCCCUGGAGCGCGAGAACGAGCUGCUGAAGGAGAAGCUGCGAGCGGAACAGGACGAGCUGAGCGAGGAGCGCCGGCGUAACGAGGAGGGCUUCGCGGCCCUGGCGCACGAGGCCUCGGUCCUGAGGCACGCCGCGCGCCACCUGAGAGCCGCGGCCCUUCACGCGACCUCGUGCCGACGCCGUAGACGCUGCUCCGUCUGCCUCUACGCCAAGCGCACCUUCCAGGACGUCGAUGACUUCCGCGAGGACGGUAAAUUGUUCAAGUGCCUUCAAGCGCCGCUGCAGGACCUGCGCACGUGGCUGAGACCGGGAACGCCUACGAGCACGGGCGCGCUGCCGCCAUUGCGCGCGAGCUCGCCCUUGGAGCCGAGCAGUGCCAUCAGCUACAUCGACGAUUCGGCCACUAGCUCCGAGGACGAGGCUUACCUGGCCCCGGCCGCCGAAGCCUCGCUCUCCUCGAACGCCUCGAGCGCCCAGCCCAACGCCACGACCACCAGGGCCUUCUCCUCGGACUCGGGCUUCUCGUCGGAGACCGGUGACCGGCGCUCGCGCUCUUACGAGUGCGGUGGCAGCAGCCGGAAGAUCAGCGAGUCCUCGGGCAGUAGCGAGCAGGGCGACGUUUCCGCGGGCCAUCAGCGCUCCGGUGGCUUCUCGCGAUCGUCCAGGUGGACCGCGUCGUUCCGGCGGCUCCUGGGCCGCAAGUCCAAGGCCAAAGCCGGCAACAACAGUCCACAGGCCACGUCGUAAGUCGUAUAUGUUGUCGUUGGAGUUCUUAUAUAUUAUAUACGAAAGUGCUCAAAUGAAUGCGAGGGAGAGAGCGCGCGUGUGUGUGUUGCGUUGUAUUUUUACAGAGAGGCGCGCUAUCGAGAAAGAGAAAAAGAGUUUUUUAACGUAAGAGGGGUUGGGACGAAAGUGGCAGCUCCGCGCGGGAUGAUCUGUAUGUGUCGGGCUCUGUGUCGAUGGACGUGAUUACUUAACUAUACGUGUAAGUGAAUGGACAUUUCUUGCUUCUUUGGAUAAACUAUACUUUUAGGCUUAGGGGUUUUUCUUUUUUUUUUUUCUUUACUUUUCUCCAUUUUCCGCUUGUGAUAAGGCGAUUCUCGUUUGAUCAUUAUUUUAGUUUGAAACUAAAUCUCUAUAUUUUGAAAUAGGUUUUUUGGACGUUUUUGUACAUCGUGCGGUAGAGUUGUAGUUAACUUUUUGAUUGUAAAUCCGUGUACAAAAAUCAUUUUUAUUAGUACAACCUAGUGAGUGUAAAGGUUACAUUUUUUUUUCUUAAGUAGACGUGGGGACUUUGUUUUUCAACGAGUCUUAUUUGCCAGGUGCAAACAUUUAUAUUUUUUAAUAAUAUUAAGAUACCGUGAACAAUUGGAGAAAUAUGCCAAAACUAUUUGUCAGCAUUGAAUAUUUCGUGUAACGUAGGAACGAUGUAUUUCUAAAUCGUAAAAUAGAAUUUGAAAAUAUAUUUAUGCCGAGUGUAUCGAGUGUAAAAAUAAUACUCAACUGUCGUAAGGGAGUGUCUCGUACGAAAGUAUUAGUAAAAUUCAAUGUGACAAAAAAAUUUACUCUUGUUUCCUCUCGCCCCGAGUUGCUACUUUCGUCGUUGCUUACGUAUAUGUUUUUGAAUGAAAAGAAUGGAAAUUUAUUCGCGCUAUUGGAAAAAAACCGUUUAUUGAAAAAUGUAAUUUGAAAAUAACAUUCCUGAUGUAUAAUUUAACUACUAAAAAGAGAAAAAAAGCCAUAGAUGGGCGACUGAUUCUUAAAUGAAAAAUUCUGUAUUCAUAGUUUCAUUUUCAUCUUAGUCUAAUGCAAUGAGUAUCGAUUUAAAGUAACUGUGAUAAGAAGAAUAGAUGGUGUGCCGAAAAAAAUUAUGCACUAAGAUUUUAAGGAAAUUAAUUGUCUUUGCGACAAUUGGUUGUCAGGAUAAUAAGUAUGAUGAUACUGUAUAUGUGGCAAAUUAAAAACAGAUCAAGUGACAAAGUAUUUUGCAUUUGAAAAAUGAUGGCAAGUGAGAGAUUGCCAAUGAAAUCGUCCAUUUUUUCUGAUGAGUGCAAACGAAUUGAUCGAUUCCGAAUACUUGUAUAGUAAAAAAAAAAAUUUUACAAGAUUGUGUCUAUCUCUUCCAUUGAUGCUUUGAUUUUCGUUGCUGAACGAACCUCGCACAGAUCAUUUUUCGGUAAUUUUUUGAAAAUCAAAAAGUCUCGAGACUUUUUUAAUGAUACUUGGUAAUUCCAAACGUAACUGCCAACUAAUUACAUGGGUUUAAUGAUUGCAAUGCUAAAUAGUUCCAUAAAUGAUGCUUAAAUCGGAAGCAGCUAACUAUAAUUACGGGAAUUGGAAAAAAAUGUAAUUUUUUCUAGAGAACUUUGAGUCUUGCGUAAUUCCGUAAGAAGACUGCUGUAUUGUUAUUAUGUUAGUACUUAAACUUCAAUUAAAAUCAUGUAAGCUAAUGUGCAAAUUUUUAUUGUCAUCUUGAGAGAAAUAAGUUGUAGCAAGAAUUGUUUCUUUUCAUUCCUGGUCUUGUGGAAGCUAUGCAUUUAUUACUUCAACGAAAAGCAAACACGCUAUAAAUAAAAGAAAUUGAUCUUUUUCAAAAGAUGGCGAUAUUGUAAAUAACAACUUGGUCAGGAAUUUUCAAACUAUGAGCUUUCAAAACUACAACAAUUGUAGUUUACCCGUUAAUUAAUUCACAAUUAUCGUAAUAAAAGUGAUAAGGAAUCACAUAAGCCUUGAACAGCAAAGAUUCCAAUCAAUUAAUCAAUUAUUGAAUCCUGUGCCUUAGUGCGAAUAUUUGUUAAUGAUUUUCUCACAGUGGAAUCAAGUCAGAAUUUCAAACCUUCAUCAAAAAAUUUAAAAGCACUCAAUUAAAUUUUUAUGAUUAGUUAUUAUCAUUGAGACGA